ACACUGGGUUUCACUGUGUUAGCCAGGAUGGUCUCGAUCUGAUCUCGUGAUCUGCCCGCCUCGGCCUCCCAAAGUCCUGGGAUUACAGGCGUGAGCCACCGCACCUGGCCCUUUUUAAAAAAUUUUUGAGAUGGAAUCUCACUCUGUCGCCCAGGCUGGAGUGCAAUGGCACGAUCUCAGCUCACUGCAACCUCUGCUUCCCGGGUUCAAGCGCUUCUCCUGCCUCAGCCUCCUGAGUAGCUGGGAUUACAGGCACGAGCCACUAUGCCCGGCUAAUUUUUGUAAUUUUCGUGGGGAUGGGGUUUCACCACGUUGGUCAGGCUUGUCUCGAACUCCUGACCUCGUGAUCCACCCGCCUCGGCCUUUCAAAGUGCUGGGAUUACAGACGUGAGCUACCGCACCCAGCCUGAAUUUCUAUUAAUAUUUUACACAAAGUGUGGCCUGUUUGUUUUGGGGCGUGAGAUGAGCAUACCAGGACUUGGGGAAUGAACAUGUGUGUAGUGAAGCUGGAGGGUUGCAGCCUCCCCAGUUAAGGACAGUCGUCCCAGGAAGGAAAGAAGAGGUGAAAGCAGAGGGGUGGUCCUGACUGUACCCUGAGUAGCCAUCAGUGACCUGACCAAGGGGAGCAGAUAGCUCUCCCCUGGACAGAGAAAAGUCCAUGCAAUUUCGAGACUUGUUUUCACAGUUGACGUUUGGUAAAUCCAAAUGAGAGUGUGCUUGAGAUUGAAGCCAAAAAAAUACAGUGCCCCCAAAUGAGGGCACAUGACAGUUAUUGUCAAUGUCUGGUGGGCUAAUGCUCUGUAACUAGAAGUUUGGAAAGCCGAUAAGGUAUAACAGAGGCCAGGUUGUCUUCCAUCUGGCCAGUGACGGGUGAUCAGCGCAGUGCUAGGGGCACUCGGGUGAUGGCAUGAUUGCUGUGGUCAGCUCAGAGUCCUGAGGGGAAGCAAGCGGGCUCCCACCAUCUCAGGGCAGUACCACUGCUGUGCGGCUGUCAGUCAGUGCUGCAGGCACUGAGAGGAGGGGCUCGUGACCGCCCCAGGGAAGCUGGGCAUCACCAAAGGGAGCUUGUUUGCCAGGGACACUGCAAGUAGGAAGUGUCUACAGGUCGAUGACAGGCCUGAUCUCUAUGACAGGGUCUAGACUUUCCUCAGGGUCCAGGGGCGCGCCUCAGGGUGAACUGGAAAACUCGACCGCACUUUAGUGCCAGGUGGGCAGGGAUCCCCAUGUCAGGGUGGGAGUGGGGCGGCUGAUUGGGGCUGGAAAUGUAGGUGGGGAGGCGGCAGCCAGGGAGCAGGGCAUCCUGCGAGAAGAGCAUCCCGCUGAGGAGUCUGAAUGCCAUCCUGUAGGCGGGGGAGUCAUCAAGGCAGGGCAGAGGCAGGACCAGAUGGCCGUUUGAGGUGCUGAGCAAAGCUCCCGGUUUGCGGGGAGAGGUGAGAUCAAGGCCCCUUGGGAGGCCGAGGCUUAACUCAAGCAGACAGGAGGGAAGGCUGGAUUUCAGAGGUAGGGAGGAUAAGGACCGUGGGUGCACGACGGGGAGGGAGAGCCAAGUCAAGGUUAAUGCCAGUGCUCGGGCGGAUGGUGAAAGCAGCAGAUGGCCUUGACCGGGGUGGAGAACUCGAGCACAGGAGCAGGUUCUGUGUGUGUGUGUGUGUAGGAGCUUUCGGGGUCACGGGAAGUACUGAGAGGUGAGGAGUGGGAUUUGGGACGUGCGUAGUUGAACUCAGGACGUCCAGGUGAAGGGAUUACUUCCUGUCUCUGGAUCCGUCUCGAUCUCUGCCCGGCGAGGGCGCGCCCCGGCUGGGCGUGGACACUGUUCUCCGGCCGCGUCCGGCCGGGGGGGUGGGGCGUUCCUGCGGGUUGGGCGGCUGGGCCCUCCGGGGUGUGGCCACCCCGCGCUCCGCCCUGCGCCCCUCCUCCGCCGCCGGCUCCCGGGUGUGGUGGUCGCUCCAGCUCUCUGCUCUCCCAGCGCAGCGCCGCCGCCCGGCCCCUCCAGCUUCCGGGACCAUGGCCAACCUGGAGCGCACCUUCAUCGCCAUCAAGCCGGACGGCGUGCAGCGCGGCCUGGUGGGCGAGAUCAUCAAGCGCUUCGAGCAGAAGGGGUUCCGCCUCGUGGCCAUGAAGUUCCUCCGGGCCUCUGAAGAACACCUGAAGCAGCACUACACUGACCUGAAAGACCGCCCAUUCUUCCCUGGGCUGGUGAAGUACAUGAACUCAGGGCCGGUCGUGGCCAUGGUCUGGGAGGGGCUGAACGUGGUGAAGACAGGCCGACUGAUGCUUGGGGAGACCAAUCCAGCAGAUUCUAAGCCAGGCACCAUUCGUGGGGACUUCUGCAUUCAGGUUGGCAGGAACAUCAUUCAUGGCAGUGAUUCAGUAAAGAGUGCUGAAAAAGAAAUCAGCCUAUGGUUUAAGCCUGAAGAACUGGUUGACUACAAGUCUUGUGCUCAUGACUGGGUCUAUGAAUAAGAGGUGGACACAGCAGCAGUCUCCUUCAGCACAGCAUGGUGUGUCCCUGGACACAGCUCUUCAUUCCACUGACUUAGAGGCAACAGGAUUGAUCAUUCUUUUAUAGAGCAUAUUUGCCAAUAAAGCUUUUGGAAGCUGGA